CCCAUGUGAUGUGCAUCACGUAAGGGAUCCAGCACUAGCUAGCUAGCCCUGGGCAGAUCAGGAACACAUUGCCCCCAAAGCCCCCAACGGAUUAGAGAUGGUGGCUGCCAUAGUUGCCGUGGUUAUGGUGGCGGUGUGCUUGCGGCUGCCGGCGGUGGCUCGCGCGCAGCUUCAGGUGGGCUUCUACAACACGAGCUGCCCGAACGCGGAGUCGCUGGUCCGGCAGGCUGUCGCCAGCGCCUUCGCGAACGACUCCGGCAUCGCCGCCGGCCUCAUCCGCCUCCAUUUCCACGACUGCUUUGUCCGGGGAUGUGACGCCUCCGUGCUGCUCGUGUCCGCCAACGGCACGGCCGAGCGCGACGCGGCCCCGAACAAGCCCAGCCUCCGGGGCUUCGAGGUGAUCGACGCCGCCAAGGCCGCCGUGGAGAAGAGCUGCGCGCGCACCGUCUCAUGCGCCGACAUCGUGGCCUUCGCCGCCCGCGACAGCAUCAACCUCACCGGGCAGGCCGCGUACCAGGUCCCCUCGGGCCGGCGCGACGGCAACUUCUCCCUCGACCAGGACGCGCUCAACAACCUGCCUCCGCCCACGUUCACGGCGAAGCAGCUCGUCGACCGCUUCGCCAACAAGACUCUCACCGCGGAGGAGAUGGUCAUCCUCUCCGGCGCUCACACCGUGGGUCGCUCCUUCUGCAGCUCCUUCCUCGCCCGCAUCUGGAACAACACCACCGCCACCGUGGACACGGGACUGAGCCCCGGAUAUGCGGCGCUGCUGCAGGCGCUGUGCCCAUCGAGUCCGAACGCGGCCACGACGACGGCGGUCGACCCGAGCACGCCUGCGGUGCUGGACAACAACUACUACAAGCUCCUGUCGCUCAACCUCGGCCUCUUCUUCUCCGACAACCAGCUGCGGACCAACGCCACGCUCAACGCGUCCGUGAACAGCUUCGCGGCCAACGAGACGCUGUGGAAGCAGAAGUUCGUGGCGGCCAUGGUAAAGAUGGGGAACAUCGAGGUGCUCACGAGCACCCAGGGGGAGAUCCGGCUCAACUGCAGCGUCGUCAACAACCGGUCGUCGGUGGCAGCCCCCGAGAUUCAGAUGUCUCGCCACUACUACUCGGGAUCCACCGCCUCCAUCGAGGAAAUCGCGACCAGCUGAUGACAUUAAUUUGCCAUACGUGUGCACCUGCUUCCACCAUUGCUAGUAUGUUAGGUAUGAAUGUAUCCGUACGGUGUACACGCAUAACCGCUGCUUUUUCCUGCGCGUGAAUAAAACGAUGGUCUGUUCGCGCACC